AUGAAGUCACUAGCCAGGUCGUACGUAUGGUGGCCCAAGAUAGACAACCAGUUGGAACAGCACGUGAGAUGUUGUGAAAGCUGUCAACAGAAUCAGCACAGCCCAGCAGCAGUACCCAUACAUCCGUGGGAGUUUCCUGAGAAGCCAUGGAGUAGGAUCCACUGUGACUAUGCCUCCAUUGGUGACGAGAAUAUCUUGAUCGUCGUUGAUGCCCACAGCAAAUGGCUCGAAGCUAUUCGAGUGAAGCGAGCCACAGCCAAUGCCACAGUGAUCACCCUUAGACGAUUGUUUGCAACACACGGAUUACCAGAGACCGUGGUGACAGACAAUGGCACACAAUUUGUUUCAGAAGAGUUUGCCACUUUGAUGAAUAACAACAACAUUUGCCAUAUCCAGACAGCACCCAAGCACCCAGCCAGCAAUGGUCUUGCAGAGAGAGGUGUACAAACUGUCAAAACAGCAAUGAAGAAGGGACAAGGAAGUGACUUUGAAAAGAAACUUCAAAGGUUCUUGUUGACCUACAGAGCCACACCACAGGAAACAACAGGAAAGACGCCCAGUGAACUGAUGUUCAAGAGGAAAGUCCGCACAAGACUCGACAAUUUGCGUCCAGAUCUGAGCAAGUCAGUUAGACGGAAACAGUCUACCAUGAAGAAAUCAGAAUACUGA